GCUCUUACCAGAAGCUGAUGACUCGAGAGCAACCCGAUUCAGUGCAAUUUGGGAACGACCGGUUCUCGGUUCAUUAAAAAGAUCCGAUUCAAAAGAAUGAUUCGUUCACGAAUCGGACAUCACUAGUGCACUCACUGAGCGGGACAACUGGUGACACAAAGAGUCUGUAUCUGCUGAGCGCGGGUUCCUAAAACUCAUCUGGAGGAGGUGACCUGUUUAAGACCAUAAAUAUGUCACAUUAUUAACAGAGCGUGAUUCGGUCGAUUUUUUCAGUUUGAUUUAUUUGUGUAACUGAAGAGAGAAGCGCAUUAGGGCAACGAUGGAGAUGGUGCUAUCAACAGAUGUGGAGAAACUAUCCGAAACCAGCGAAACUCAAGAUAUUGAUACGGAUGAUCUGCUAGAGUUAAAUCAGUUCGACGGGCUCCCCUUUUCUUCAAGAUAUUACAAACUAUUAAGAGAAAGAAAAGGUCUGCCGGUGUGGGGAGCGAAAUGCGAGUUUAUGGACAGUUUGAUGAGCAGCCAGAUUGUGAUAGUUAGUGGCACAGCUAAAACAGGACAAAGCUCUCAGAUCCCUCAGUGGUGUGCAGAGUUUUGCCUGUCUGCGCAGUAUCAGAACGGCAUGGUAGUGUGCACUCAGAUUCAUCAACAGAGCACGGUGGAACUGGCCCUCCGUGUAGCCGAUGAGAUGGACGUCAAUAUCGGCAAUGAGGUUGGAUACAGCAUCCCACUUCAGACCUGCUGCUCCCCUGACACUGUACUGAGAUACUGCACAGAUGAUGUGUUGCUCCGGGAAAUGAUGUCGGACCCCCUCUUGGAGCAGUGUGGCGUGGUGGUCAUUGAUCAGGCCCAGGAACGCACCGUCAGUACAGACCUGCUCCUCGGGCUGCUCAAAGACGUGCUCCUCACGCGGCCAGAGCUCAGGCUGGUCAUCCUCACCGCCCCUCACUCCGCUGAGAAACUGCUACGUCACUAUGGAAGUGUGCCUCAGAUCCGGCUGGAUGGGCCGCAGCCGUGCGAGGUGGUGUACGGUAGUGGGAGAGGAGGUGUGAAGGAUUACCUCUGCUCUGCUCUUAGACUGGCUCUGGAGAUACAUCAGAAUCAAAAGCAGGGAGACAUUGUGACAUUUCUGGCAACUGAGCAAGAGAUUGAAUGUGCCCAUGCCAUUUUGCGGAGAGAGGGUGCCAAUCUUGCAUUGUCUCACGGCGAGCUGGUGCCUGUGUCUCUGUGCCCUGAGCAAGGAGACAGUCCCUCAGUGCUCUCUGAGGAGAGCAAGAGUAGGAGAGUCUUCCUCACCUGCAGCCCCAGUGAAGAUUUGUUCUGGGCCGUUCACAGCAUUCGCUUUGUGAUUGAUGCUGGAGUGCAAAAAAGAUAUGUGUACAAUCCUAGAAUCAGAGCCAAUUCCAUUGUUAUUCGACCAAUCAGCAAGAGCCAAGCUGAGAGCCGCAAACAACUUGCAGGCCCAACAGGCAAGUGUUUCUGUUUGUAUCAAGAGGACACAUCACGUCCUGCUGAGAGUGUCCCUCAUAUUCUUGAGUCUGACAUCACUUCCACUGUGCUCUUCCUGAAGCGCAUGGAAAUUGCUGGCCUGAGCAACUGCGACUUCAUUGACAGACCAGAUCCAGAAGGCCUGAUGCAAGCUUUAGAGGAACUUGACUAUCUUGCUGCUUUGGAUGAUGACGGAAAUCUGUCCGAGAUUGGAAUUAUCAUGUCAGAGUUUCCUCUGGAGCCACAGAUGGCUAAGACUUUGCUUGCGUCUUGCGAAUUUGACUGUGUGAGCGAAGUGCUGACCAUCGCUGCCAUGCUAACAGCUCCCAGCAGUUUCAUUACACCCCCAGUGGAACUGAGACAGAAGGCCUUACAGUGUCAUCAGAGGUUCCAGCAUGCAGAGGGAGACCACUUCACCCUUAUUAACAUAUUUAAUGCUUACAAAUAUGCUAAGGAAGGGGCAUACUCUAAUGUGGAACGAUGGUGUGAAGACCAUUUCCUCAGUCUGUCUGCUCUUCAGACAGCGGAUGCGAUACGCUCUGAGCUAACAGAAAUCCUGAAACGGCUAGAGCUGCCAGUGUCUUUACCUUCCUUUGGCUCUAAAAGCAACAGCUUGAACAUUAAACGUGCUCUACUAGCUGGCUUCUUCAUGCAGGUGGCGAGGGACAUUGACGGGUCAGGGAAUUACUUCAUGCUGACCCAUAAACAUGUGGCUCAGAUCCACCCACUGUCUGGCUACGGAACCGAGAUGCACAAGAAGAACCUGCCGGAAUGGGUUCUGUAUCAUGAGCACACGCUGUCAGAGAACAACUGUAUCAGAACCGUCUCUCAGAUCUCAGCACAUGAGUUCAUUCAGAUGGCGCCGCAGUACUUCUUCUACAACCUGCCACCUAGCGAGAGUAAAGACCUACUGCAGCACAUUAUCGAUCACGGUUCAGCUGCCCCAUCUAAAGGCAAAAGAAAAUCCCAGACCCCCAGCAGCCCUGCCAGUGAAGAGCAGAGUCAUGAGCGCUGUACCAUACAAUGACUGCGGAAAUAGAAUGCCUCGCCACGCUCUUACCAUGACAACAAACAGGAUGCUUACACUGCUGGUCUGUUACACAGUAACCAUGGGAUUUCUGAGGCACGACGAGGAAUCCAAAUUAGUUUGACUGAUUAAUCAAUAAUGAUGAAAAGAAAAGAUGUAAUCUGUUGCUUAAAUUCAAAGGGCAGGAGGGAAAACAUUUAGUGUGCCCCCUUCUUCACAGUGCCCGGGUCAAUGCUUGUAAGUAAUAGCAGUUUGUACAGUUUGUCUUCUUUCUGCUGAAUUAAUAGCAAUUUAAAUAACCUACUGCUGUGCAGUAGUUAAUGAAUAAACGGUCGUUGACUUUAUGGUGUCUAAAAUGUGCUUUUUAAACUGUAGCUACUAGUUAGCAUUUUUAAAUAAUAUAUAAAAAUAGAAUGUAAUUUAGCCAUGUGCAUCAUAAUAUCAUUGGACAUUAAUUGUGCUUCCCAUUGGCUAGUGAAUAGUGUUUUUUUAUUAUUAUUGUAGAUGUAUUUAUUUGCUAGGUAUUUGUUCAGCUAAUAUAUGUUUUUUUUUAUUAUUAUUAAUCUUAAAUUCACUGUGAUAGUUUGCAUAAAAAAAUAAGUUUAAAAGUGUACUUUUUUUGGAAGUGGUAGUUCUUUUUUGCCAAGUUAUUUUCACCCCAAACUUCUUAUACUGAAUAAAGUCCAAAAAUGAAAUUAUCUAGAACUUAAUUCAACAUAUCUAUUAAAUAUUGUUACAUAGUGUACACUUGCCAAAUGCUGCAACUUUAGAUUCUGAAAAUAUUAAUUUAUGUUUCACAUCACAUUGAACACUGAAGACGUAAAUCAAGGGUGUCAUUUUAAAACACAAGCAGAAAAUGGUGACUGUUUUUAUUUAGACGCUUCCUGUGGUGAAUGCGUUAAAGUCACACGUUAAUUUUUUUUUUUAUGAUGAUGUUGAGUAUUGAUGCAUUGUAUAGAUUUACCUUUGAUUCAAUAAAAGCCACAGGCUGGUAUUACUGUUUUAAUUGAUUGAUUUAUUUAAUGUUUUAGUGUGUUGUGUUGUGAGUAACAGAAAUUCUUGCAAUGUAUCGCCACGCAGCUGUUCUAACUACAGAUCCAGUUCACUCAUAUUAUUAUGACAGAUGGCAGAGGUGGACUCGACGCUUGCAGUUAGUAAACAAAGUUUUUGAUUGGUCAUUUGAAUGCCGACGUCAUCCACAACUCUGGCAGACGCGUCGCGUGCUUGAAGCGCGUACUUUUCUCUGAUUAUGAGAGUCAUGUAGUUUUUCGGUGCGUCGCUGUUUGCAACAAAUGCAGUAUUAAAUCUAAUAAUACAAAAAGAAGACUUUACGGAUGUCUGUCGGUGCGUGUAGGCAUGUGGAAAUUGGCCAGCCCCUGCAGCUGAAAGAUGGGCAUAUCAAAAAGCAGAAUGAAAAAAGUCGCACCUGUGACAGAGGAAACCGUCUGUAGCAGCGGCAUUCACCGGGAUGAAAGUCAUUUGUUUGGUCCCUCAAACACCAAAGCUUCAUAUCUGCGUGUGUCGAUCAGUAGGAGAGCCCAGGCAGACUGUAACAGCGAGGGGCAGGACUCUGAGUUUUCAGUCGCUGAGGAAGUGGACAGAAUCCUCGCUGAGUGUGACAACACUGAUAUAUCACUGAACAGGGCUUCUUAUAAGAUGCCAAUGUUUGGAUCGAAGUCUUUAGGGCUUUACUACUACGCCAAAGGCCAAGACUGCAACAACGUUUACAGUGGCAGCACACGUGACAAAAAUGAAAUUAACACAGCGAACAUACCAACUUCUAUUCAUGAAAAGGUCAGGCCUCCACAGGACCUGCUGAACUGUGCCAACAUAGAGAGCACAGCAACAGCUUCAGGUUCUGGAAUUGGUAGUGGUUCAUCUGUGGCCUUGCCUAUCAUGUAUGAUGCUUCAGAAGAGGACCUCAUGAACACAAUCGAGAGGGAGUUUGGUUAACAACCACGACGAGACUACAAAGAAAAAGAGAAAAUAUGUAUGAGAAGGAUUAUUGAUAAAUCACCAAAAAGUAUUAUGGAUGAUUUUUAUAUUAACCACUGAUGUUUUGGCAUGAAAUGAUUGAUUUUAAGACAUAUACAGGCCUGCCUAGUGAUUUCAUUUACCAUGCUAUUAAGGCUGCUAUAGAAGCCUGUAAUUCUUUGAGAGACUGUAUGUGCCUUAUGGCUCAGGAUGGAGUUUAUCCAGUUUAUUGUCAUUAUUCUAAUAGAAAUGGAAGGAAAUAAAAAUAUAGGCUACUUUGCUUUUGA